CGAAGGAAUGAAAUAAAUGGUCAUGUUUUACCUCACUGGUGCGGCCUUGUCUCCAGCGAGGGCCGCGACCUUGCCCCAGUCUCUCAGUUUCUCCCGGGGCCGCGCGCGUCUCGCUCCCGUAGAGGUCCAUCACUGCAGCUGAGGUGAACACGUGCUUCUCCUCACUGGGAACACCUGCGCCACGCACACCCAGUCCCCGGCCCGCCACCACACCUGCGCGCUCAGUUUACAAGUUACAACAGUUUCCUGAUGAGCGGUGUGAGCGAUUCCGUGGUAAUGGAUUUGCUGGAAUUGGAAAGCGAAUUGACGAGGAUUGCCUCCACCAUGGACACUGUGGAACCCGCGCCCGUCGCCGGCGAGGAUGAGGCGAGAGUCGAUGAUGACGUGGAUGAUGACGAUGAUGAUGACGAUGAUGAUGCCGUGGAUGAUGCCGUGGAUAAUAAAGUGGAUGAGGCAAUAUACAAUGAUGACGUGGAGUUCCUGCGUGUGCGGGUGCCGUUUUUAAGUGGUGAGGACAUGGACGCCUUGCAAGUAAUCAGGCCGCUGGCUGAGGGCAGCUUCGGGUGCACCACUAUCGUGUCCUGCAAUGGCAUGAAGACCAUCAAGAAGGUGCUGAAGCGCGAGGAGAACGUAAAACAGAUGUUGUGGGAGGCCCGCGUCACCGCCGAGCUGAACGGGGCAGGCGGGGCGCCUCGCGUCAUGGCUGUCUGCUUUCACCCGCCAACCGUCCUCCUAGCUCACUCCGGCCGCACCUACGAUGACUUCGUGCAGCACCACUGUACGGUCGGUGGGUUUCUGGACUCCAUCGUGGUCAUUGCCCAGCGACUCAGUGACAUCCACCACAGAGGCUUCCUCCACAACGACCUGAAGGGUAGCAACAUCAUGAUCCAGGGUCCCAACCCGCGCCCUUCCCUCCACAUCAUUGAUUAUGGGUUGGCGACACGGAUCGGUGUACCCUUCAGCUUCGAGUUCUUCGGGAUGGACCGAAACUCCCUGAAGAAAUACUCCUCAUUCCGGUCCCCUGAGAUGUUCGAGGGGCUGCCCCUGGGCCGCGCCAGUGACGUGUUCAGCCUGGGCGUGAUGAUGGGUGACGUGGUGCAUUACGCCAGGUUCUCGCUGUUCAAGAGGCUGCUGGCAUCCCUCUUAUCCCGCUGCGCCAUGGUGAACCCCGAGCUACGGCCCACGCUGGCUGAACUCGCCUUAGAGGUAAUGCAAGUUAAGGCAAAAGUGCCUCAGAAAAUUCAGAGGAAGCGCAUUGAGAACAUUCGUGGCCAGAGCGUCAGUCCAAAGAAAAGCAAGGGCCGCCGCUGAGUCGUCAGCACACAGAGCGGCCCGCGGAAUGGAUCUGGGACGCGUUUUGGGAAUGAUUUGCUGCAUUCCUUUACCUUUGUUGAUAAUUCUCCUGAAAAUUCUGAUAACAAUCUGUCAUGCGUUCAUUCAUAAAUCAUUGAAAUUAAUCUUCAGUUAUCAUACCAUUUCGAAUCUUUGCUGGUUGAGUUUAAAUUUUGGCAAAAAGUAAAUAAAAGUGCGUUUGUUAAUUAUUCCCAAAAGGUUUUCUAGUAUGAUGCUGCAGAGCUUGGCAUCUCCUUUGGCCGCCGUCGGAGUAAAACCAUCGCCAACACCCAGAUGUCACAAUAUCAGAAGCUGUGAUGUAAACACAAAUAUUUGUUAUUCCUGACAGGCAGACAAGCCAUCACACCAUUCCAAUGACCUGUAAUUGCAACACCACUGACAUUACCACCACCACCACCACCAUCACCAUCACUACCAUAAUCAUCACCAUCAUCAUCAUCAUCAUCAUCAUCAUUAUCAUUACCUCACCAAUCAUCAGAAGACCACUUCCAUCACACCCAUCACCACCACCACCACAAUCGCCUCCGUUCGUCAUCAUCAUCAUUAUCAUCAUCAUCAUCAUCAUCAUCAUCAUCAUCAUCAUCAUCAUCAUCAUCAUCACCACCACCAUCACCACUACCACCACCACCAUCACCACCACCACCACCACCACCACCACAUCCACACCACACCACCACUCAUCUCCACUUCAUUCAAGAACCACCACCACCACCACCACCUCCUCCUUCAUUCACACCAUUCCACUUCUUCACAAGAAAAAGACGCAAUCAAAUGAUCAUACCAUUGUCUUGAUUCACUUUUUUUCACUUUUUCCCCCCAUUUCAUCAAUAAAAAAAACUAGAAUUUAGGAUCUAGAACGUAAGCACUGCCCUUUCUUUAUUCUGUUAAUGUCAGUAGAUCGGUUGGUGUACUACAUUUUACCCUUUUAUACUUUUUAUACAAUGUGUUUUAAAAUGCCCUGAUGUUAAUAAAGUUUUGUAGAUUGUAAU